CAUUUUUAAAUGGCUACUAGUGGAGUAGUGGUGCCUCUGCCUCCUUGGUGUUGGCUCACCUCCUCUGACCAAAUCUCCAAUCCAAACAGCACCCAUUCCCAAGCAUCAUCCCCUUUUCCUGCAAAGAGGAAUUCGAUUCAGCUCAGCUCACCCCAGCCAGCUCCGUCCACCAACAAGAACAAGAUCUGAAAUAGCCAGGCAGGAGUCAACGCGGCAGUCAAGCAAGCCCUCUUGCUCGCAAGCAGCAAUCAGUCAAGCCCGUCAGCAGCCAUGAGUACCAUGAAGUUUUGCCGUGAAUGCAACAACAUCCUGUACCCAAAGGAGGACCGGGAGCAGAAGGUGCUCCUCUACGCCUGCCGGAACUGCGACCAUCAGGAGGUUGCGGACAACAACUGCGUGUACCGGAACGUGGUGCACCACAGCGCCGGCGAGUUCACCCAGGUGCUCCAGGACGUCGCCGGCGACCCCACUCUGCCCCGCACCAAGGACGUGCGCUGCGCCGUCUGCGGCCACGGCGAGGCCGUCUUCUUCCAGGCCACCGUGAGGGGUGAGGAGGGGAUGACGCUCUUCUUCGUCUGCUGCAACCUCAGCUGCGGCAACCGCUGGAGAGAGUGAGGAGCUGAUCAGCAGAGCAAAGGGAUCCCUCUGAUGCAAUAGCCUGAGGGACAUGAUUUUUGAAUUUUUCACCCAUGCUACCAUGAACUGAUUGUAUGUUUCAAGAACAUUAGUAACUUCAGGAGGGACAUAAUCAGGUGCACUGGGGUAAAUUUCCCCGUGGUUCGUUUGCAUCAAAGAAAGGAUGACAUGAGGAGCUGAGGACAAUUUGGGUUUCAGCCGCCGUUUUAAUGUUUUCUUCUGCAGUUUUUUUGGUAGUUACAGUAGGAAGCAACAAAUUUAUGAAGCUUCUUCCAAAAAAAAGCAAAUUAACCAUGAGAUGCAGAAUUUGGUUACCAAA